CGCCGAUCCGCAGGAGCUCCGCCGGGCAGGAGGCGACCGGCGGCAGCCGCGAGCGUGCAGAGGGGCGGCCAGGAGCCCUCCCAGCAGGUUUGAUUGCUGCACUGGAUCUUUGACUGUGGUCCCCUCUACAUUGCAACACUGAAAACAAUGGCAACAGAAUAUAUGAAAACAUGCUGUAAAUGGUGUUUCUGCAUGGAAAAGGAAAAAAAUGAUCCAGUUUCCAUGGUGCAGGAAUUUGAAGCAGGAGCUGCAAGCAAGCCAACUAUUGUAGAGAAGCCUCCAUUGUCUUCUGUGUCAGUGAAGCGUCAAGUUGGCUGUUCAGAGGAUUAUUUGCUUUCUAAACUGCCCCUGGAUGGUCAGGAGGUACCAUUUGUGGUCCCUCCAUUCAAACUGGCGUAUGUACAGCCAAAGAACCUUCCUAGUAUCUCACAUGCUGGAGGGAUUAAAGAAUCUGCCAGGGCCUCAUUUGGUGACCGGAAAGCAGAGCUACACGGCGUGUACCAGUGGCCCCGCUAUGACGUGUACAACCCCUUCUAUUUGGAGCACCGGGUUUCGCCAGAUCUGAUUAGGCGCUCCCAGGCAAAAUCAGAUAACAGGAAAUUAUAUGGAUCAGUUAGUGAUUUAAGAUCUAGUACUUUGCCUGGAUCACUUGAUGUAAGUCGUUCAAUGUUUGAUCUCAGAAGCCCGCCUCAUCGAUCCAUGAAGAGAUAUGAUUCAGUCUCCAGUGUACCCAGCAGUACUUCUUCCAGGAAGGAUUCACAAGGCAGUAACAGGAGUCUGGAUACUAUUACAUUAUCAGCUGAUGAACGAGACUUUGGAAGACUGAAUGUGAAGUUGUGUUAUGUUUCUUCUGUAGAACAGAUCUGGAUCACAGUUUUACAUUGCAAAGACCUGUGCUGGCCUUCUAGCUGUGGGGAGAAUCCUCGUAUUUGCGUCAAGGGAAUUCUCACACUGCCCAAACCAGUGCAUUUCAAAUCUUCUGCCAAGGAGGGCUCCAGUGAUAUUGAAUUUAUGGAAACUUUUGUAUUUGCUAUUAAACUGCAAAGCCUGCAGGCUGUCACAUUGGUAUUUAAAAUCCAGACACAGACUCCCAGGAAAAAAACAAUUGGAGAAUGUUCCUUGGCACUGCAGGAGCUGAGCUCGCAGGAAUCAAGUCAUUGGCUGGAUAUAUCUCCUCCUUCCAGAGCACCUGUGCGCCGUGCAGAACUUCAAAUAGGAACUUGUUUUCAAGCAAUAAACAGGAGGAUACAGUUACAGAUUCUUGAAGCACAAAACCUUCCUGUUUCAUCUACACCACUGUCUUCAAAUUUCUUUGUGAAAGUUGGAAUGUUUAGUACAGAAGGGAUGAUCUAUAAGAAGAAGACUCGUCUUCUGAAGUCCACUAAUGGCCAAGUGAAGUGGGGAGAAAUGAUGGUUUUUCCAGUUAGCCAAGCAGAACAAGGAAUUAGCUUUCUCAUCAAGCUCUACAGCAGAAGCUCAGUGAGAAGAAAACACUUCCUAGGACAGAUCUGGUUAAGUCCUGAUAGCAGUAACAACGAAGCAGUAGAGCAGUGGAAAGAUACCAUUGCCAACCCUGAAAAAGUUGUUGUUAAAUGGUACAGCAUUGGUCCAUCUUGAAGACUGGAGAUGAAAUUCAGAACUGAUUUUUCUACAACAAUUCCUAUGCUGUCUAAAAUAGUAUAAAUAAAAAGAAAAAUAUUGUCUACACAAGUUCAGUUCUUCACUGCAUCCUGCCUCUGUGGAAACUGAGGAAAUUCACCAAGAGAAAUACCGGCUAAAUAUUAUUAAGAAGAAGACUUUAGGAACUGGGAAAAGUGUUCAUUUGAUUUCAAAAAAUCCACCUUGAAAAAAAGAUUUUUUCCCCUUUCAGGCUUCAUAAAAACACAGAAAUUCAAUCUUUGAGAGAAACAGCUUGAAUCAACUGUAUUUCGCGUUACUGACAUUGUCUUCAUCUGCAGUCUUGUUUUUGGCAGACUCCAAAGUCCAUGGGUAUCAGUUGGGUCAGUGGCUUGAUCCUGGGUACCUGUGAGCCUCUGGGGUUGUUGACACCAUUUGAUCAGAGUAACACGUGCUUGAGCAAGUGGGAAAGCUGUGGCAGUAGAUGAAGGCAUUUUUGAUGAAGGGUUGUUCAGUACCUGACAUGCCUGGAGCCUGAGUUUGCCCCCAUCCUUCUCUCGAAACGGAGAGAUGGAAAGACAAGAGUUUCUUUGACUUAGUGAUCUUUGCAAGAGGGCCCCUCCAGACUUGCUCUGUUUGGGUAAAUUCUGUUUGGAAUAAUGCAGAGGCAAUGACUCUGCUUAGGAACAGAGCCAGUAUUUUUAGAUAAAUUACUUUCUUAUAUAGAGUACUUAUAUGUAAACCACUUCCUAUCUAAUCAACAAGGCUCUAGCGUCUGCUUACAUUGCCAAAACCCAGACUAACAUGUACAAAGGAGCAAAGAUUUACUUACAUAAGUGCUUUUUGAUAUUAAUUAAAAUGUAGCACUGUAAGGGACUUUGUUUAAAGGAUAGGCUACUACUGCAGAAGUAUUUGUUACAUGUCUACAAUGCUGAAAAGUUAUGUGUGGGAAUAUAUUUUUAUUACUUGUUUCUAGUAAGAAGAAAUUACCAUAUUUUUAUUGCAAAUUAUAUUUUUCCUACAAAAUCCCAAAAUUAUUUUUUCUGUUAGUUCCCAUAUUUUCAGGGGGUUGUUCACAGUUAUUUUUAAGAGGGGGAAACACCAUGUAUAUAACUGAUAAUAUAUAAAUUUAAAAGCACAGACCUCUUUGCACUACUUUAACUAUCAGAUUGGAAAAAUACCUAUAUAUUCCAUUAAAUCCACUGCUUACACAUUUACUGUUGGCUGUCUGGACUGUACAAAUAUGUGUAUUUUUAAGGAUGCUGAAUAAUUCCACCUUUCUUUGUAACUUGGAUCCGGUUGCAACAUCUGACAGGAACUAGCACAGCAAUGAGAGCGCUCACUGCUGGAAGGCAAAGGAACACGGGGAGCAGAGAAAAGACUGUAACAGGAAAGCAUGUCCUCUUGAGCAUCUUUAUUUCAAUUUUUUUGUCUUUGAGUAAGUGUUCAAGAAAAAAUGGAAUCUCUUUGAUUUCCCACCCCCAAAUCAGUUGAAAAUUGAAACUUUUGAAACUUCAACCAUCCAGAUUUUGGCUGUUGAAAUUUAAUAUUUUGAAAACAAAAGGAUUUUCCCAGGGUCUUAUAUGCUCUGCUUUUUGACCAGUCUUUAUAAAAGAACUGAAAAAGGUUUUGCAUGCUACUUGGAGAACAAACGUCGAUUCUAGCUCUUACUGACACUCUUUGCAAAGCUCCCAGUAGGCCCAGAGGAUCUUGACUGACAGUGUUAACUUCCAGCCAAGUUACACUUCUUGGGAGGACCCUGUCCUGCUGGGUAAAAUGAAAAAAGGAACUGGACCGAACUGAUACUUUUGGAUUAUCUUUACUUGAAUACAUGGAUCUUUUUUAUUCAUUGUGGCUGAACAUUUUAUUCAUUGUGGCAGUAAACAAAAGUGCAAACUAACUGUUUCCUUAUGCAGAAUGCUGUUCUGCUUAAAAGAGAGAACAGGGAAUAUCCCAGGGUUUUAUAGACUUCCAUUACCACAGCAGUGGUUCUACAGAGAUUGCCAACUCAGUGGAUAUGUGUAAAUGGACUUUUGGGGCUGCUUUAGGACACCUAGCCUUCUAAAGGCCUAACUAGUCUCUUUAUUCCUACAUUAAUAUUUAAUCUAUGUGUUUAUAAUAAAAGAUAUGAACAGAAAA